AAACAAUUGAAUUGCAGUGACAGUAGUCAAGUGGAUGAAAUAAUUAGGAAUUUAUUUUUAUUAUCGUCUAUAAACAAAACCACAGCUUAAUCCUUUGUUUUUUCCAGACUCUAUUCUUUCUUCUCAAAAUUUACAAUUAAUAGGUUCGGUCACUCAAGAUUUAUCAUUUUCAUUAGCGUACACUCUACUGACUCGAUCCUAUCCCUAUAUUGGUACCUACCAUAUUCAAAACUAUUUACGUUAGUAACCAAAGUGUGUUUAAUUUAAUCAAGAACUACUAAAUCAAAAACCCUAUCUACCAUCCAGAUUUUCAGUGAAAUAUGGAACCAGAAUUCAUACCGACAGAAGAUAUAAGUUUUAACUCUUUCAACAAGGACAUCUCGAACAGUCCUCUGAAGACAGAAACAAUGAGGGACGAAGACGACUUGUUUCUGUUCGCCCAGCUGGAUAACCUGAGUAACAACAUCGGAAGCCUCAACAGUGAUUUCCAAAUCGUCCAGGAGGUUGAGAUUGAUGAGCUAGGAGGCGGAAGCAGGAACAGUGAUGUGGACGAAACUGUAAUCGAGACGGACUUACGGAAGUCGCCCCCAGGAGGGUCCACGUCGCACUAUGUGCGAUACAAGCUUCAGGAUGGCAAGCAUGUUAAGAUUUGGGAAUGCGGAAUAUGUUCUAAAGAGUUCACACACCAGUAUACCUUACUUCGUCAUCUACCAACUCAUACGGAUGAAAGAAAGUUUCAAUGCAAUACUUGUGGAAAAGCCUUUCGCCAAAUGUCAACCCUAUCCCAACACCGAGCUAUCCAUUCCAGUGAGAGACCCUAUGUCUGUGAGAUGUGUCAAAAAACCUUUAAUCGAGUUUCCACCCUUAUUUCCCAUAGAAAAACCCAUACCGGCCUCAAACCUCAUAGAUGUCACUUGUGUUCCAAGGCUUUCCACCAAAAAGGCAACCUUCGUAACCACAUCUUCACCCACACCAACGAGCGCCCAUACAAAUGCGACAUCUGCGACAAAGGCUUCAACCAGAUGUCCAACUUGAUGUGCCACAAGUUGAAGGCUCACCAUCGCGCCGAGAAGCCCAAGUACGUAUGUCAGAUCUGCGAAGACGCGUUCCCUAAAAGAAUGAGCUUGAGACAACACGAGCAGUACUCACAUGGGAUGAUCAACCCUCCUACAAGACCGCCGAGAUCGCCGGUGAAGAAUAAUCACAUGAACGCAAUAAUCGUGGAUCCUAUCAAAACCGAUGCAAUGCGUCUUGCACUGGCAUCGAACCAAACGCCCUUUGCACUGUUGCGUCCGGUAACUGGGAUUCCAGUAUUGGUAAGAGUACUGCCUGCAGGCGAGAAGCAGAUGUUGGUACCAGCCUCUGCUGAGGAUCUCAAGAAGCACAGCCACAUCUCGAUCACGCCCAAGGAGUUGGACUCUAAUAAGGAGAAUGUUGAUCCAAGUGGCAAGCCGAUUGGCAGCACGGUGCAAAUCAAGAUUCCAGUGGUGGCAACUGUCAUCCAGCAGCACGAGAGUGGGGGGCAGAUGUCAAUGUCCGUCAUGAGUCCAGGACCGAACGGGGAACUUGUUAACCAUUCCGGCAUGACCCAGACUUCCAGUAACAAUUACGUUUAUAGCUCCACCCUUACCAACGUUGAUUGUUCUGCGAGUGAUAACAUGCUGAACAUGGGCAGAAUGCCGUUGAACCAUACCGUUACGUCAGCAAACGUCAUGAAAGAUGUCAAUAUUGAAUUCUUCGAUGAGAAAGGUAGAAGGGUUGAACAACGGGACUUCCAAAAGGAUCUUGCUAGCGCCAACGAACUGGCAUUCGACAACAUCCCCAGGAACGACGAAACCCCUGCCGAUGAAAAAUCGGCCUCUGCAGAUUUGGAAUUCGUCGAAAGCAUGUUUUCUGUGAGUCAUACUAUCCAAGUCAGAUUCUCCAUCUAAAUAAUGCAUGUUCUUUUAGAGUAUCGAUAACGAAUUGAAAAACGAUGAUAUGGAAUUGGAAGAUGAUACUGUCAUAUGAUUAAGCUUAAACUUGCUGUGCUGUAUAAAGUAUCUGAUAUUUUUUGUUUUUAUUUAUCAUAGUAGAAUUGUUCUUAAGAUGUAACUGCUGCUUGAAUUAUUUUAUUAGUUUUUGGUAGUUAUAGAGAACUUUUAAUAAUUCUGAUUGUUAUGGAGAAGAAGUUAGAUCUUAAUUUGUUG